ACAGUAGCAGUUGUAUCAGUUGGCUGUUGUGUUCGGCCGCAGUGGGAGAGAUAGAUUUUGAUAGUCACCAUGGGUGUUUUCGGAGUGUCGACCGGUCUAAUGAUCAUCGCAAUUAUUUGUCUUAACAGCUCAACAGUUGCAGACGUAGUACUUGAGUGCGAAGGUUUGGACGAAAUUGACUGCCCAACACAGUGUGAUUAUCCGUCAUGUGAAUGGUACCUUGAGAACGGCGAGCCAGACGAAGCCUACUGUGCGGCUCAGAUGACUACAUGUCUUGCACAGAAAACUUGUGGAUGUCUGGAAGGUACUUAUGGGCAGUGGAUGGGGCAGUACUCGCUCUGUAUCCCCAAGGAAGAGUGCGGCUGCUUAGUCGAAGACGAGUAUGUUAAGUUGGACAAUACCUUCGUUAAGGCAGACGGGACCACUUGCAAAUGUGAGCAAGGCCAUCAAUGCAAUGCGGUCGUUGGCCGCAGGCCUCCUCCAGGGCCUCCUCGCGGUAGGCGAUGAAGCGUGAAGAAGGUUUCUGACGGGACGUGAGGUGGAAGCAGGGACAGUAUAAAGGAGUGUUUUUGUAACGCCAAGAGGGGUCCAGUCAGACGGAUUCAAAAAGCGAACCUUUUUGAGCUUUUAUUUAUUUUAUUUU